AUGUAUGGUGUGUUAUUCGAAGUUCUACGACGUUAUGUUGAAGCUACAUUUGGCUCUACAGUAUGGUCGGCAGCAGUUGAAAUAGCUAAUGGACAACCAUUAGAAAUACAUACAAGAAAAAAUUAUUCAACAAGAUUAUUGAUACGAAUAAUUAAUUCUGUAUGUGAUUUUGUUGGCUUACCAGAAGAGGAUAUUUAUUAUGAAUUUGGAAUUACAACAGUUCAGUACUUAAGUGAUAACGGUUUCAAGAGUUUAUUACAAGUGUUGGGUAAAAAUUAUAUUGAUUUUCUACAAAAUGUCAAUGAAUUACAUGAAUAUUUACGCUUUUCUUAUCCAAAAAUUAAAGCGCCAGGUAUACAGAUUACUUCAAUUAAUAACAAUAUCGUUGAAUUGGAAUAUACAAGUAUACGUGAAGAAUUCCCUGAUUAUCUACGAUCGCAGUUAAUAUAUAUUGCUAAAAUGCUUUAUCAACUGGAUGUUAGUGCAAAAAUAACUGACAAGAAGAAACGAGGCGCAAUUUAUUCGUUUACAUAUAAAAUAUACAAUAAAGGUGCACCGUGGGUUGAAUUAAUAGAGAAAGAUAAUCAAUUCGUCAAUAAUCCUUCAUUACUUGAUUUAUCUAUUAAGCUUUCAGAAAAACAGUUUCUAGGCUCAUUGCCAUUUCAUUUAGUACUAUCAAAAAGCAUGAUUGUCAAGCGUGCAGGCACAGGUAUUUUAUGCCUAAGAAAUGAUUUACUUGAAAAGACGUUCACUAGUUGUUUUCAAAUUGCAAGGCCUAAAUCAAAUCCAGUAUUUGAAGACCUUUAUGCAAACCGGUUUACAACUUUUGAAAUAGUUUUAUUAGUUCCAGUUUCUGCGAAACGUAAAUCUACAAAAAAUACUGGAAAUCUUGAAGAAAAAUGUCGUUUUAAAGGAGAAAUUUAUUUUGUAGAGGAAUGGGAAAUGAUACUGUUCAUUGGAUCACCAAUGAUUCGAGAUACAAAGCAGUUGUAUGAGAAAUCAUUGAGAAUAUCUGACUUAAAUAUGUUCGAUCGUAGUCGGAGAUAA